AUAGCUUUUAGCUUCUGUGUAAGAAGUUGUUGAGCUCCUUCUGGAAAUAUUUUCAGUUACUUUCAGUAAAGUGUUAAUGCACAUGAAUGGCAGCUUAUAGAGAACAACCCUGUAACCAGUAUACAGGUACAACUGCUCUACAGAAGUUGGAAGGUUUUGCUAGCCGAUUAUUUCAUAGACACUCUAAAGUUCCUGCACAUGAUCAGAAAACAGCUCUGGAAAAUGACAGCCUUCAUUUCUCUGAACAUACUGCCUUAUGGAACAGAUCAAUGAAAGAGUUUCUAGCCAAAGCUAAAGAAGACUUUUUAAAAAAAUGGGAAAAUCCUGCUCCGAAUAAUGCUGGGCUGGAGGACUUUGAAAGGAAAAAAACCCUUGGAACAGGUUCAUUUGGAAGAGUCAUGUUGGUGAAACAUAAAGCUACUGAACAGUAUUAUGCCAUGAAGAUCUUAGAUAAGCAGAAGGUUGUUAAACUGAAGCAAAUAGAGCAUACUUUGAAUGAGAAAAGAAUAUUACAGGCAGUGAAUUUUCCUUUUCUUGUUCGACUGGAGUAUUCUUUUAAGGAUAAUUCUAAUUUGUACAUGGUUAUGGAAUAUGUCCCUGGGGGUGAAAUGUUUUCACAUCUAAGAAGAAUUGGAAGAUUCAGUGAACCCCAUGCACGGUUCUAUGCAGCUCAGAUAGUGCUAACAUUUGAGUACCUCCACUCAUUAGACCUCAUCUACAGAGAUCUAAAACCUGAAAAUCUCUUAAUUGACCACCAAGGUUAUAUCCAGGUCACAGACUUUGGGUUUGCCAAAAGAGUUAAAGGUAGAACUUGGACAUUAUGUGGCACUCCAGAAUAUUUGGCUCCAGAAAUAAUCCUCAGCAAGGGCUACAAUAAGGCAGUGGAUUGGUGGGCAUUAGGAGUGUUGAUCUAUGAAAUGGCUGCUGGCUACCCUCCAUUCUUUGCAGACCAACCAAUUCAGAUUUAUGAAAAGAUUGUUUCUGGAAAGGUCCGAUUCCCAUCACACUUCAGUUCAGAUCUCAAGGACCUUCUGAGAAACCUGCUGCAGGUGGAUUUGACAAAGAGGUUUGGAAAUCUAAAGAAUGGUGUGAGUGACAUAAAAACUCACAAGUGGUUUGCCACAACUGAUUGGAUUGCAAUUUACCAGAGGAAGGUUGAAGCGCCAUUCAUACCAAAGUUCAGAGGCUCUGGAGAUACCAGCAACUUUGAUGACUAUGAAGAAGAAGAUAUCCGUGUCUCUAUAACAGAAAAAUGUGCAAAAGAAUUUUGUGAAUUUUAAAUAUGAGCAGCGAGAUGACAUCGGAGCUCACACUCGGUCUUAGCACUCUUUUGAGAGAGAAGGUGGAGCUGAGACCAUCCUUGUGGAAGCAGUUACCUAGUUCCUUCAUUUUAGCAGCUGAGUGAGGUCCUUAUUGCCGUCAUCCACAUGCACUCUCUGCACCUACCUAUGUAACAAGGCACCGCUAAGCACGCAUUGUCUGUGCCAUAACAGGACUACACCCUUUCCUGCUUCUCUUCAGUUUGUCUUUCUCCUCUCCUACAUCCAUUUCCUCCUUUUUCAUUUGCAGUACUUUUUUUCAAACAGUGCUCCAUUCUUUUUCGUUGGUGUUUCAGGUGGGCCGUGCUGUGGCUCUGUGAUAUUUGAAGGUAAGGAUAAGUGUUGCUUUUAGCAGUUCUUGCCGAUAUUUUUGUUGAUCAAUGGCUUAAGGAUAUACUUUCUAAUAACUAUUUUUACUUUGAGUAGCUCAGCCUCAGUUUGAGUUUGCCAACUCUUGACAAUUUUUGAAGACAGAAGGUCUUAUCAACAAGGAAAUUUAUACAAAUUAAAACGAUAACUUCCUUAGAAUUCUGGCAAUAAAUUUGGAUAGAUUAAUACAGAGUAGCUAGACCCAGCAAUUUAGAGUCCUAUAGAUCAGAGUUCUAGUUCCUUCAUGUCCUUUUAUAUCAUCCUCCCCUUGACUAGUUAAGUGACCAGCCUAUCCAAGUGUGACAAACACGUCUCAUCAACAGGACAAACUAAUGAUAGUGGAUCAGCAUCACCCAGAUUCUCUCACUUGGUACCAGCAUUUCUGUAGGUUAUUAGAGUUCUAAGAUUUCUAAAUGUUCACUCUUCAGUAAGAGUUUUAGCCAGUAUUUUAACAGAACAUGACUAAUGAAAGUGACAAAUUUUUAGGUUUCUCAAUAGUCCUCAUUAUAAACUUUUUGAAGGAAAAUAAAUGAACUAAAAAUAACAUUAAUAUGGGCAAACACUUAGCUGAGUCAAAAAAAAGAAAAGCAUUUACAAGUUUGAUACUUGUAAACGCUAUAGGCACACUCUUACUUAAACGUGGGGUUUUGUUUGUUUUGCCUUGCUUUGCCACCAGGUUAUUGACCGUGGGGUGCGUUGUGUGUCAGCCUGAGGAGAGGCACUGCGGCAGCGGAAGCUGUCGUCCUGUGCCUCAUCAAUAAGGAGAAGGGACAGGGUUUGUAACACUGCCACAAUUACACUUUACUUUUGCAGGGUGAUAUUUUUAGACGUCAUAAUUUCUAGCCUCGUUUUUUUCAGUGAUAUGAUCCUGCAGACACAGUUUACUAUUUGAGCUUAGUUUUUUUAUACUUUUUUGCCAACUGACUUAACAUUGCCCAUGUGGAAAUUUCACGCACUUUUGCACAUUUAGUUCAAUGUUUGUUGAGAAUUGGUGGCUUAACUCAGUUCCGUAAAUAUUUCUUUUCUUUGCUUUUAAAUUUUCCCAUCUGUUUUUCUCUCUGUGUCAGUGGCCUACCUUAAAACAACACACCAAAACAAUAAAAAUAAACUGUUCAUUUUUUAUGAUCCAUUUACGUGCAUAUAAGAUGAGUUUUUUUAACCAAACUGAUCUUAAUGAUGUAAGCAUUCUGUUUGCUUCAUUAUUGGUGCAGGUAGGUCACUACUUCCUUUCCUCUGUCCAUACCCUUGUAAAACCUUAGAAGACAUGGAAAGCCUGUCUGAGAUGCUCUGUGCAUCUGUCUGUACAUUUUCUGGUUGCCAAGUAUUUCUGCAUGGUUAGGUCAUUUAAAAGCUGAUGCUGAUUCCAGUUGGUCCACCUAUACUUAAAUGUGCAAGAAAAAUAUGAAAUACUUUGCUGUAGCAGGUUUUAUGUAACAAAAAUAUAUCAUCAUGUGAAUAAACUUAAAAUAUCAUUUGUUUAAAAUAUUUUAAUUAGUUUUUUGUGUUUCAUUUAGACCUAAGAACAUGCUGAUCAUUGUAUUCUGUAGGUAUACUACAAAUUCUACACUAGCUUUGUUGUAUAUUAUUGUAAAAUUAUUUUAAUAAAUCAUAGGGGUGACAAUUUGAUUAUUACACUUUAGUUUUCAGUAACUGAAAAGAUUUCUAUAAUUCUAAAAGUAUUGUUUUUAUGAAAUUACUACUGCCCAUCACAACUUGCUGUAGAGUCUACCUAGGUAGAUGACCCCCAGGCCUGCGUUGGUUUUGAAGGCUAAAUAUUUAGCCACUCCAUUUUACUCUCCAUUUAAAGUACAUGUGCAAGCUUCCAAGUACAUCACAGGAGUCUGUUUCUGAUGAGUCAAGUACAUUGAAUUAGAAUAUCUUAAAAUUACAUAAAACUCCCAGUUUCUGCCACAAUUUAGCCAAAAACAAGGUGAAAACUUCAUUGAGAAAUAAGUGGACUAAAUCAGUAUUUAUGGCAUGGUAGAUGGAGUUGUAUGUAGAUGGCAUUGCAGAGGAAGGAGUGCAUGACAAAAAGUCAGAACACCUGGAUUUCAGACUUGGUCUGUCCCUGUCAGCAUGACUGGCGCCUCAGUUCUCUUACCUGUAAAGCAGAAUCGUCCAUUAGCCAGUUUCUAGAGUCCCUUCUAACUUUCACAUGUCAUGAUGAGAUUCUUUUUAUUUGACAUUUUGAAGGUAUAAUGUGCUUGAAGUAAGCCUCAGGAAGGCCUCUUCUUAUCUCUUACAGUGUUCUUAAAAUUCUUUGAAUAUGAGAACCUCAUGUCUGAAUUCCUUCCUCCUUCACUGAUGCUAAAUAUCCAAUUGAUAUCAAACUGUCAACCUACCAAAAAAGAUAUUGUGGCUUGUGGGUAUUGCUGUCUUUUUUUGAUACGUUCUUGUAUUGACUGCCCAUUGGCCUGAAAAUACUCAUUGUAAGCCUAAAAAAAAUUCAUUUUUCUUCCCACUGUUUUUUCUGCUUGUUGUAAGAAUCAAAUGAAAUAAUGUAUGUGAAAGCACCUUGUAAACUGUAACCUAUCAAUGUAAAAUGUUAAGGUGUGUUAUUUCAUUAAUUACUUCUUUAUUUAGAAUUGAAUUUCCUAUGCACCACUAUAGCUAGGAAAUGCUGAAAAAACAACUGUGUUUUUUAAUUAAUCAAUAACUGCAAAAUUAAAGUCUUCAAAGGAUAAAA